GCGCUUCUCGGGGAUUGAUCACUUCACCAUGAAGGCUUGGAUAACUUUAGGAUUGGUGAAAAAGAGAGUAAAUAAGAAAUUCAAAUAUGUUUAUGUUCUUAAUAGAGGAAAACCAAUUAGAAAGACAUCUAUUUAUAGGAACUCACACCCAUUAGCUUUGAAACACUUUUUGAAACGGAAACCGAAAAACCCAUUGACACAGAAAAUCAAUUUUCUUCACGGAAUACAUCAGGUUUUAAAAAUGACUAAAUGGUAUUGUAUGGAAUUUAUAGUACCAGAGGUUGAAGAGUAUUGCGGGACUGAUAGAAUUAGAGACAUUCGGAAUCUUAGAGUUCUGGCUAUGUCGGAGAACGCAAAUCUCUGCAACUUAGAUGAUUUAGUUGAAAGAAUUCACGACUCUGGCUGUAAAAAGGAAGAUGUUGAUACUUUAACUUACUGGGGUGCAGAGCUCUUCAAAAACCUUGAUAUACCAAAUUGUCCAUGUAGUAGUACCAUUUAUUGUCACUACUACAGAAAGAUGAAGAAAUGUCUCACCAAAGACAAUGUUGCUUUCAGUUCCAGAUAUUUAAAUUGUACUCAAAAUCUAAAAAACAAAAGAACAUUUUUUCUUACCUUACAGAAAUGUGUUGACGCCAUGUAUGUUAGUAAUACAAAACAUUAUAACUGAAUAUGAACGUACUUUAAUAGUUGAUGUUCUUUGUUUUCAUUAGCUUUGUUUUGUUUUGUGUGUGUCUGUUUUAAUCUGCAUUUAUAUGGAUAUUUGAUUCGAUAAUGUAA